UGCUGCAGCUGCUCCCUGGCCGGUCAUUUCAGAAACUGUAGUGACACUGAAAGUGAAGGAGAGAUUUUUAAUUCCUUAGUGCAAUACUUUGGUGAUAAUUGGGGGGAAAAGUUAAAGCGAUGCCAUUAGUUGAAGAAUCUUCUUUACUGGAAGAUUGAUCAGUGACUUUUCCUGUGGUAAUAAUAGGAAAUGGACCCUCAGGAAUAUGCCUUUCUUAUAUGUUAUCAGGCUACAGAUCAUAUUUAUCAUCAGAAGCAAUACUCCCAAAUGCAAUCUUAAAUACUAAAUUAGAAGAAGCAAGACAUCUUUCCAUUGUUGAUCAGGACUUAGAAUACUUGUCUGAGGGCCUUGAGGGCCGAUCAUCCAAUCCAGUUGCAAUACUUUUCGACACAUUUCUUCAUCCAGAUGCUGACUUUGGGUAUGAUUAUCCAUCUGUUUUGCAUUGGAAAUUAGAGCAACAUCAUUAUAUCCCUCACUUAGUUCUUGGUAAAGGUCCACCUAGUGGGGCUUGGCAUAAUAUGGAAGGCUCCAUGUUGGCAAUCAGCUUUGGAAGUUGGAUGGAACUACCUGGACUCAAAUUUAAGGACUGGGUAUCAAGUAAACGAAGGAACCUAAAAGGGGGUAGAGUCAUGCCAGAGGAAAUAGCUCGCUACUAUAAACAUUAUGUAAAAGUCAUGGGUCUUCAGAAGAAUUUCAGAGAGAAUACUUACAUAACUUCCGUAUCAAGACUCUACAGAGAUCAAGAUGAUGACAGUCAAGACAGAGAUAUUUCAACAAAGCACUUGCAGAUAGAGAAGUCAAACCUUAUCAAGAGAAACUGGGAAAUUAGGGGUUAUCAGCGAAUAGCUGAUGGUUCUCAUGUUCCCUUCUGCCUCUUUGCUGAGAAUGCAGCACUGGCAACUGGAACGUUGGAUUCUCCUGCCCAUCUGGAAAUUGAAGGGGAAGAUUUUCCUUUCGUGUUUCAUUCAGUGCCUGAAUUUGGAGCUGCUAUAAACAGAGGAAAUUUGUGUGGCAAAGUGGAUCCAGUGUUAAUUGUAGGUUCUGGGCUUACUGCCGCUGAUGCAGUACUGUGUGCUUACAACAGUAAUGUCCCUGUGAUUCAUGUGUUUCGCAGACAAGUAACUGAUCCAAGCUUAAUUUUCAAACAGCUUCCCAAAAAGCUGUAUCCUGAAUAUCAUAAAGUCUAUCAUAUGAUGUGUACUCAGUCAUAUUCUGUGGACUCAAAUCUUUCAUCUGAUUAUACCAGCUUUCCUCAGCACCAUGUGCUUUCCUUUAAGCCGGACAUGAAAUGUGUUCUCCAAAGCGUUUCUGGAUUGAAGAAAAUAUUUAAGCUGUCUGCAGCAGUAGUAUUGAUAGGUUCUCAUCCUAUUCUGUCUUUUCUGAAGGAUCAAGGGUGUUACCUAGGCCUUAAGUCAAGCCAGCCAAUCACAUGUAAGGGUAAUCCUGUGGAAAUAGAUACAUAUACCUAUGAGUGUAUUAAAGAAGCCAACCUUUUUGCAUUGGGUCCUUUGGUUGGAGACAGUUUUGUUCGAUUUUUAAAGGGAGGGGCACUGGGUGUUACAUGCUGUUUAGCUACAAGACAGAAGAAAAAGCAGCAUUUGUUUGUUGAAAGAGGAGGAGGAGAUGGGAUAGCUUAAAGCAAGUUUACAAGUAAUUAAAAUGGACAGUUGGCGGUUAAAGAUUUUUAAUAGUGGUUUUGCAGUGUACUGGCUUGAAUUUUCUGGACUUGAGUUAACUGAAGGAGAGCCUCAAACUAUAGUAACUUCAUUUUUAAAAGUUACUAGAAUUUGGUA